AUGAUGCACCCUAGAGUUCCACACAGCAAGAGCAGAAGCAGUCUGGGCGAGGUGCGGCUGACCAGUUCCCCCCUCCUCCACACCGUGUCGUCGGCGCCCCCGUCAGAUCAGCCUUCCCCCGAGGACGACCCCUUCCCGAGGCUCAGCCCGGCCCCUCCAGACCCCCCGGCUCUUAACACACAAGUUGCUCACGGGUCUCUGGGUGAGGAAGCCGCCCACACCUCCACUCCCUCCGUCGCUAUGCCCGCGACGUCCAGCGUCUCGCCCAUUACUCUGCGGCCAACCCUUACGCCCGCGGUUUCGAGUAGAAGCAGCAACACACAGAUGCCCACGACGAUAGGCCUCGGUCCUGCAAGCGGCAAGGGCGCCUCGACCGCCACGUCGCCACUCUCGACGCCCUCUACGACGUUCACGACCACCGCGACCUCCACGACUUCCAUGACCUCUCCGAACUCUACGACCUCCAUGACCUCUCCGACCUCCCCGGCCUCCUCACCCCCCACGACCUCUCGAACCGAGAGACUGGACGCGACGCCUGGCGAAGAGAGCCUCCUUGAGGGCCAACUUCGGACCCUCGCCACGCCCCCGACGCCGGAGAGCUUACCGCGCCAGAAUCUCGACGCCCCGGGCCGGCCGACCCGUCCGAGCAGAACCGAACGCCCGCUGCCUUCUCCGACGUCGACGGAAGGUCACACACCAGGACGAAGUGACGAAGACAAGGGCUUCCCCAUGACUCCGUCGCCGCACCCUGCAGCGGCGGUCAGACUGACGAAGGGAGUUAGGUCCUUUAUCAGCCCGCAGCUGGCGAGGAUCUGGGGCGCGGGCGAGGACGAGGACGAGUGGAAAAAGGCGAACCACGAGCCGUCACGCGCGAGGGCGAACGCUCCACCCUGGAUGAAGAUCAGAAGGAGGCGUAGGAGAUACCCUGGCGACGGCGGCGAUGAAGGGAAUGGUAGCAGCGACGGGGCUCUAUCAAAGUCCACAGCCUCCCAGACCGAGCUUAGAACCAAACUCGGUGCACAGGAGAAGGAUGUGAUGGGAGAAGCGAAAGGAAGAAGAAACGGCGGGGAAGGCAACACGGCAAUCCCGGGAAAAUACGGCGGGCCGAGUGAGUCGUUUCCGGUUGAAAUGAGCGUCGCGGACCGAUAUGAAGCCGGGCGUGAGGGCCGGAGGACACCCAUUGACUUUAAGGUUACGAAAACAGGUGAUUUCGGCGGGUUCAGCGUGACGAAAACGGAGGAAGUGGACCCAAUAAACGGAUUCAGUGUAACCAGAACGGAGGUGGACCCGGCGAGAGGGAGAGUCGUUGUUACUAAAGCGGGCGAGGGCCAGCGAAGCAGCUCCGGCGGCUCGAAAACGACCUCGGGGAGACAGGGGCUUUCGCGUCGCGUGAACCCGCAGGACAAGUUAUCUCCCGAAGCAAAAGCGUCGACAUCAAAGGCCGAGGAACCGUCGCCCCGCUUUCGCCAACGCGACCCGCAGCCCGAAACCUCCGCAAGUAAAAGAGAGCGAGGGAAAAUGGAGGAUAAAGGAGGUGGGAACCAUGCAGGAGGAGACAAAACGCCGGGAAGAAAAGAAAACCCAGACGGGAAAGAAGAGACGCCAGACAAGACACGAGUCCCGCAGGACGACUUAGAGAGUAAAUUGUCCCGUCAGGUGGGGAGUGCGACAGUCAAGCCUUCAACAGCAGAACGCAGUAGAAGUAAAACGCAGACAGACCCAAAAACACAACAAAAGACGUCUGACAGCAGUGACGUCACUCUACGUAAUUCAGCCAUGACUCCUUUAUCCUCAACAAACGGCCCCCUUCCCCCUCCCACCCUCAGAAUUCACAGCAGAAGCAGCACCCUCUAUCCCGGAGCGAAUAAAACCAAACACACACAACAGGUGAACGCUGAAGCAGAGGAGAAAGUGGACGUCGACGCAAGCAUUUUUGACUUGCCCGUCGACGAGGCUGGUCCCGAGAGCAGACUGCAUUACCAAAGAGAAAUGUCUGACCGACGGAGGCCUUCGACGGCCGCCCCGACGAGGGUCUUCCCGGUUGAGCUUCUUGACGAAGUCGAGGAGCAAAACUCCCUGCCAGAGGAGGAGGAGAGGAGGAGAGAGAAGAACUUGCCGAAGUCCACCACCCUCUCGAGUGUGUUCAGUGAGGAGUUGAUUCCUCCUUUGCCGAAUCAGUGGGACGACGACUGGAGAAACGCUGGGUCCUCUCGAAGCGACACGGAAACCGAGAGACAGAGCGACAUCGACGACGUCCCGCCCUACGAGAGCGGAGAUCACCAGCCGCCCGACAUUCAGAAGGAGAAACAGAGAACGACCAAAUAUCAGGAGUCUUCGAAGGCUUCGGGCGGCGUGACCAGUGACCGGAGGCGAGCAGAAGUGCGGCCCGCCCUCGGGAAAGCGGACCUGAGGGCGUCCUCGUGGCCAGGGCCAGGCGAACGCGUGGAGUUCGUGACUGUGGUUCCAGGUGGCCAUUGGGACGUUUGGGGAGGACCAACCCUGUGGGAUUCCCUCACUCCCCACUCCAAUAACUCCCAUACGAACCCUCAGGUGUAUUCGGUGUAUUGGGGGGACACGGGAGGCCCAGGGUCCCCGCCGGGAUGGCCCGAAGGCGUGUGGGUGAUUCGGGGAGGGUCCCUCCUCGCAAUCAUGGCGCUUGUGGUGACCAUUUCCGUGCAGGUGGCCCGGGACGGCCCCGCCCACCGCGCCGUGCCCACGGCCGCCGAUGCCCUCGCCCGCGCCCACCACAGCCAGCACGCCACGCUCGCGACCAACCUCGCAACGUCCCUCGCCUCCGCCCACGUCCUCCUCAUCUUCGGGAUCCAGGAACCAGACAUGUCAGAGAAACGCAGUACACCAAAUUCCUUACAGUGA